ACUUGGUCAAAGAACAGAUUUCUCUUGUUCUUUCGAAAUUAUUUAAUAUAUAUUUUUGAAGAUUGUACAUGAAUUAAGUGUCAGAUGGAGUUUAUAACUAAAAUGAAAGAUACUUUCUAAUCUGCAUGAUAAACAAUAUAUAUCUAUAAUUAAUUGCGCAUCAGGAGCAGAAGGAGCAUCAUCAGUUUCAGCAUUAGUGAUAAUAACAACAACAGCAAAAACAAUAACGUCACUCUCGCUCUCUCGUUUCCCUAUCUCCCUCUCGCUGAUGCUCUCUCUCUUGGCAGUAAUCAACGUUUCUUGUUUUGAUUCCUUUCGGCGUCAUUUAGCAUUUUUGAUAAGACAGCUUGAAGGGGAGUGCAAGAACGGGAGCGGCCUCGGCGAAUUGUGUGUGGUGUUAUCAUUCGUGAAUGUGUCUCCUCCUCCCCCUGCCUCUACGUGAGCCGCGCCCUUCCACAGAAACUCUGUUGAUGAGUGGUGGCAACCAACUUGUUGCGGGGACCGGGACAACUACGAUUGCCUAUGUGAUAUUGAUAUUGAUUUAAUAUAUAUAAUUUUGUCAUUGAAAUCGACAGAUGGAUGGACACAUGUGCAUGUGCUUCCAAAAGGGGGAGGAUUGGUGGCAAUUUGUUUAAAAAAGAAAAAAUAGAAAAGUCAAAACCAAAAAUAAAACUAUUAUUAACAACAGAGGCUAAAACGAGAGACGCGUUAUUGCGUUGCAACGACAACAACAAUAAUAAUAAUAACAACUACGGACGGCAGCGGCAACGGAAACGGAGGCGACGACGACGACGUCAAAAAUGUUAAGAGAACUCAUCAAAUAUUCAAAAGCGUAAAAGGGCGAACAAUCACAAAACGAAGAAGACUAGAUAGAACUUGGGUGGAACACAGUAUUGAAUCAACAACGACGACAACGUCCCAGUUGCGGUCCGACAAACGAUUGGACAACAACGGAACCGAAACGGAAGCAGCAAUAAAAGUAGAAGAAAAUAUAAGUCAAAACAAACGUAGAAAGGAAUAGGAAUAGGAAUAGGAAUAGAUAAACGCGCCGGUGCCGAAAUGGAAAGUGGCCAACGACGCCGCCUGCCGCUAUUUCCCAUUGAGCCAGAGCCGCCCACUACGCCUACGCAGCGGCUCACAUUAAUAGCUACACGCUUGCUACGUGCAUUGCAAUUAAACUGGAGGAUUAUCAUUUCCGGCAUCACAUUGACCCUGUUGGCCGUCAUCUGGUAUUAUCCCACAUUCUUCUUAUUCUUUGCUUUUGUCCUCUACUCCCUGGUGCUGGUCUUUGCUGCUGUUGCUGGCACCGUCUAUGUACAUUAUAUAUUUACCACCAAUGAGCCAAUCAAACCGAGCCGUGUGCCCUCUAAACUCCUCUACAAUGCCACCAAGAGCAACAUAUUUGAUUUGCCGAAACCCAUCAAGAAUCCCUCAAAUCUACCAUUGAUAUUCGAUAAGACAGUUGAUCUGCAAUUACAACAAAUAAUUGAAUAUGUGCUGCGUGAUUUUAUGUUACCUUGGCUGGGGUAUGUGGUGACCAAACCGAAACUAAUUAACGAUGUUAUACGUGAGGAUUUAUGGAAUGCCAUACAGAAAAUCCAUGAGAGGGCAUCCAAAAUGGAUGCAGCUAAGAUAAUAGCUGUAGAUAUGGUAAAUCGUGUGACUGUUCAUUUGGAAAAGAUACGCAUAGCCGAGGCCAGAGCAACGGAAACAAAUGCCGCACCAGUUUUUAGUACCAAUUCAUAUUUGGUUGAUGAAGAACGUGAAAUGGAAUUUCUGCGCAAGCUCUGUGAGAUUAUGGUUAUAUUACUCCUACCAAGAGGCUAUUCCCUGCCGCCAUUGAAGGUAUUGCUUAGCGAGAUUUUAUCUUACAAGAUCUUCUUUCCCAUGAUUAAGAUGUUAACCGCACCGGAUUAUAUCAAUCAGAAGGUGGUACAAAAUAUAGAGACACGUUUGGCGGCAGCGGCAAUGAGCAAACGUAGCUAUGAAUAUGCAGCGAGUUUUGAGGACUUUCUAAAGAUAAUCAAUAAUUCGGGCAAUUUGGAAGAUCUCUCAUUGAUACGCAAGAGUAUUGUUAACGAUUUGAUGCAUGCCACAACCAUGCAGAAUUUGCAACGUGCCAAAGGUCUUGAUCCUGACCAUGAGGAUACGCAUUCACUUUCCAAAUCUGAGUUAACAGCAGCAAUUAGGCUCAAACGCUAUGUGCAGCAAUUGACAUUGGCCAAGGCUCAGUGUGAGAAGAAUUUAUCAAAAUUCGGUUGGAAUGGCAACUAUUCAAGUGAUAUAGAUCUAACAUUGGUGGAAAUACUCAAUACGGCUGUGGGGCGACGCUAUUUCACUUUAUUUCUGGAGCCUUUAAAGGCUAGUGCUCUAAUUGGAUUCUAUUUGGCUGUAGAGGAAAUAAAGCAUGCCCACAAAUCGGUGACCCAUCAGUUGGGCACAGAGAUAUUUUACACGUAUGUACGAGUGCCCAAGCCGGAAAUCCAUAUUGAUAAGCAUGAACGCAAAUUGAUUGAAACAUUCCUGCUGGGCGACGCUGGACCUGAUAUAUUCUUUGAGAUUCAGCGUAAUAUCUUACGCACACUAGAGGAUAAGUAUUAUCCGCCAUUUGUGUUGAGUGAACAAUAUCGACAGCUUAAAGAGGCAUUGGACUCGAACGAAUUUAAUGAUCCCACCUUAAUGAUCUCCAUGGGAGAGACGGAGGAUGAGCAUUCUGUCAUUGCUGGCAUUGGCGUUGGCAGCGAUGGUGUCCACAAUGAUGGCGGUGUGUCUGGUGGCACUGGGGCCGGCGGCGCGAUUGAUGUAGCUGCUCAUACCUCAUAUGCACGUAAGAAGUUAGAACAAAUUCAAGAACGCAUCGAUAAGAAGCAGUUGGCUUUGGAUGCUCUUAAAUACUCGGUGAAACCGGAAUCCAAGGUGCUCUCAAUACUGGACAAGGAAAUGGAAUGGCUGAAAAGCGAGAAGCGUCAAACGGAGGCACAUUUGAGGCGUACAGAUGCAUGGACCGAGCAUCUGGGCAAAUGGAAGGCAACCAUACAAAGUGUGGAAAUGUCCGAUGAGAAGGAAUUGCUUCAAUUUAUGAUACUGGUCCAUGUCGAUGAAGAUAUAAAUGCGCCCCAUUCAAAUUCAUCAACCGCAACAAAGAAUGGUGGUCCAGACGGUGGAGAUACUAAACCCCAGAAGCGUCCAUCUGGGAUAUCUAGCGGAUGGGUUGUAAUGCGUUCCCUUAAUCAAGUUCAUGAACUACAACGUAAGCUUCGGCAUGUUAGCUCCAACCUGAAAACCUUGGAUUUGCCCACCAAUUUUAAGUUUUUCUUUCUGAAAAGCGCCGAUAGGCAUGGCCAAGAGAAGGCCAAAGGUCAAAUACAAAAGUUUCUUAAUUUCAUUUUAGAGGAUGAUCACUUAAAUGGCAGUGAAGCUAUUUAUACCUUUCUUAGUCCGAGUUCGGAUCAUUUGAAGCAAUCGUUGCCAUCACCAAAAAAAUCCAAAUUCUCACUCUCCACGCUCUUUAAGAGCGAUGCUGCCAAAUCGGCUCAUGAGACAACGAAUCGUGCGACAGAUCCCUUUUGGGGCUUGCAUCGUGACGAUGAUGACAUCUCCACCUAUUUGGAGGGCAGUGGCGGUGAGUCUGGCAACAAUGAUAGUAAAUUGCUGGCAGAUAUCGAUAGCAGCAACAAGGAUAGCAUAGCGGAACCACUGUAUGCUCUAAUGGGUGAAAUAUUCGAUAUGGGCGGUGUAUUUAAAUGGCUGCGCAAGAGCAUUAUAUCAUUUGUUCAAAUCACCUAUGGCAGGACCAUAAAUCGACAGAUUCGAGAAUCGGUGGCAUAUCUCUUUGAGGAGUCCAUGUUGCACAAUUAUUUCUCAGCCAUAUUGAAAUCAUUUUGGCCAGGCGGAGUUUUAGCCUCCGCCUAUCCCAUGCGUUCCGAUGAUAUGAAAGAGAUGACCACGAAUGCAGCUAAAGCGCUACUCACAGAUCACAUACCCGAAGUUCUAUGCAAUCUUGUUGGUGCCCAGGCAGCUAAGCGAGGUGUCCUAAAAGUCUUUGAUGCCCUACAAAAUCCCAUCUAUAAUAAACAGUUGUUCUAUGAACUUUUGGAGAUCUUGAUGAUUGAAUUCUUUCCCGAGAUACGCCAGCUAAAGAUUAGUCAUGCCAAUGGUGGAGGCGCUGGUGGUGGUGCAGGUGGCUCUACGACCAAAUUGAAUACAGCAACGGCAGGAGCAGCAGCAGCAUCAGCAGCCGCAGCAUUGGCAGCAGCCACAGCAGCGGCAUCUUUGCCAUUGCAAAAUAGUCAUCAGGGUCACAAUUCGAGUAGUGCUAGCAGUGCAGCAUCGAUGGGUGGCGGUGUACAGCAAAAUCAUGCGUCAGGGACAGGUUCCACAGCUGCAGCAAUAGCUGCUGGUGUAUCCACCUCACAUCAGACAACACACUAUCAUCAUCAUCAUCACCAUCAUACGCAUCCGCCAGGAUAUACAGCACAUGGCAGUAAUCUGGCAGCUGGAUCUAAAUAGAUCGUCAAAAAACCCUAUCCAAUCGAAAUUGUAUUACAAAUGUGAAAUAGCUCUCUAUCUAUUCCUUUCCCGCUCUCUACCACUUUAUCUCUGUUUCAUUCUAUUUGGUGGCCUUAGUUAAUAGGUUAGCAAAACGAGACACUAGCAUAGGAAAACCUUUUUGAUCCUUUGUAAAUGAGUUCCCAAUUGAAUGAUUCAUUCCUUUCAUUCGUGUACAAAUGAAGCUUUCCCCAAAGACUUGUUCUAUUCAGUUUCUAAAUAUGAAUGCCUAAACGUGCUAUUUAUAUUUUGUUUAAUGGUUUCGGCUUUUCGUUCCUCCAUGUACGUUUUUAUAUGUUGUUUGUUUGUUUUAAUGUCCCUCCCCUGCAUCCAAGUGUUGUACAUAUUGUAUGUAAGCCAGUAUUAAGCGUUGUACCAAAAUGUUGUUGUUAAACUUUAAACUAGUUUUAAAUCCAAAAAUUUUGGGCCCAACAUAAAAUUACAUUCCCUUGAUUGUCAUGCAGCUAUCCAUAAAGCCGCCCGCAUCUUGUGAUUUUAGCAAAAUGAAAAACAAAAGUGAAAA